AUGCUCGCCACUAUCGGCUACGGCGUCGCCUCCUUCGUCAUAGCCUUCGUCCUCGCCGCCCUGCUGGGCUCUGACGGCGGCGCGCUCUCGAAGGAAUUUCCUUGGCAGUUUCGACUGGCCGCGGCGUGCCGCACGCCGGUCCUCAUGCUGAUCGUCGUGCCUCUCUCCUUUAUCCGGGGCAAGUACACGCUGGCGAGGCGGCGGCUUCGCCGCUACCUGCGCGGGCCGGGCGGCAAGGCUGCCGCCAUUCGCCAUGCUGCUCACGUCGACUCGAUUUCGGAGCAGCUGAGGGCAUGGGACCGUGGCGGGAGGAAGCGCAAGCUGCGCACCGCACGGUCGAACUGGGCGGCCAUGUCGACCAAGCUGGGCAGCAACAAGGAGGAGUGCAACCAGAUCGCGCUCGGCCACAUGAACGAGAUUCUCGAC